AUGGACUGCAUUACUGCUUUCAACGACUUGAAGCUUAACAAGAAGUACAAGUUCAUCGUCUACAAGCUCUCUGACGAUUACAAGGAGAUUGUCAUCGACAAGGCCUCCGAGAGCCGAGAUUGGGAGGACUUCCGUGAGACACUCGUCAACGCUACCGCCAAGAGCCGAACUGGCGCUGUUGGCAAGGGUCCCCGUUACGCCGUUUACGACUUUGAGUACAACCUGGCCUCCGGCGAUGGUAUCCGAAACAAGAUCACCUUCAUCGCCUGGUCUCCUGAUGAUGCUGGUAUCCAGCCCAAGAUGAUCUACGCUUCCUCCAAGGAGGCCCUUAAGCGAUCGCUCACCGGCAUUGCCACCGAGUUGCAGGCCAAUGACACUGAUGACAUCGAAUACGACUCCAUCCUCAAGACCGUCAGCAAGGGUCUUGCCGCUUAA